ACAAGUCACAACAGUAUUUCCACUGAGAUUCCAUCAUGAAGUUCAUCGUCUUCCUGGCUCUUACCCUCGCCUUGGUGGCUUGCUUGGUUCAGGCUCAGCCCGUUAAGGAGGAGGCUCUUCCCGAGCAUCUCCUGGUCGAGGCGGAGGAGCCUGCUGACCAGGCGGUGGCAGAGCACAGUCGCCAGAAGCGUGCCACCUGUGAUCUCCUGUCCAAGUGGAACUGGAACCAUACAGCCUGCGCUGCCCACUGCGUGGCCAGAGGAAACAAGGGUGGAUAUUGCAAUGACAAAGCCGUCUGCGUGUGCCGAAAUUGAUUUGGAUCAGAUGAGGAUAUAAACUAUAUGAUUUUAAUGGGAAAUUAUAUGUUAAAAAUAAACAAAAACCUUUAACAAUCUUA